GUCCUCGGAGGUCUCUGGGCAUUUUGAUUGGCCGCGGCGGAGAGAGGAGGAGAGACUGACGGGCUGGCACAAAUUCCUCAGCGCUCCUCGAAUUUCUUGAAAUCACGGAUCUCCUGCUCGCCUUCGUCCUGACAAACAUCCAGACCAGCUCCCCUCCUCCUCCUCCUCCUCCUCCUCCGUGUACAUAACCGAGCCGAGGAGCUUUAACAGAAAUGAUGUUGCGAAGUGUCGCUGUGCUCCUUCUGCUGGCCGUGGCUGUCUCUAACGCUGAGGAGCUGCAGAGCAAGAGCAAAGUGUGUGCCAAUGUGUUCUGUGGGGCCGGCAGAGAGUGUGCAGUUACAGAGAAAGGGGAGCCCAGCUGUCUGUGUAUAGAGAGCUGUAAGCCCCACAAGAGGUCAGUGUGUGGCAGCAAUGGUAAGACCUACAGGAAUCACUGUGAGCUCCACAGGGAUGCUUGUCUAACUGGCUUGAAGAUACAGGUGGCCCAUGAUGGACACUGCCAUGAGAAGAAAGCAGAGCAGGCAGCUGCCAGCCCAGUGGUUUGCUACGCUGCUGACCGCAAUGAGCUGAGGAGUCGUGUGAUCCAGUGGCUGCAGACUGAGGUUGUCCCAGAUGGCUGGUUUGCCAAGGGAUCCAACUUCUCUGACAUCCUGCUCAAAUACUUCAAGUCAUAUGACAAUGGUGAUUCUCAGCUGGACUCCUCAGAGCUGCUCAAAUUCAUCCAGCAGAAUGACUCAGUUGUGGAGUUGCAGUCCUAUGCAGACCAGGAGAGCAACAAGCUGCUCAGGAGCCUGUGUGUGGAUGCCCUCAUUGAGCUCUCUGAUGAAAACGCCGACUGGAAACUGAGCUUUGAUGAGUUCCUGAACUGCCUGAAGCCUGGCUUCAAUCCACCAGAGAAGAAAUGCGCCUUGGAGGAUGAGACAUAUGAGGACGGAGCAGAGACUCAAGUAGAGUGUAACCGAUGUGUUUGUGCAUGCGGCAACUGGGUCUGCACUGCUAUGACCUGCACUGACAAAACAGCAGCUGUGGAUGAGUCAGCAGAUGCUGGGGCGGAGAUGACUGAGGAGGAGUGGAACCUCCGUGUGGCUGAGCUCAACAAGCAUCAGGAAACAGUUCAGAAGAUGAAGACCAGCACAAAGGAGGCCUAAAAAAGGACGCAAUGAAGGAGAGGAUGCAUGUCAUCACCCUUCCUCCAUACUUGAUUGACCUUGCGGCCAUGUGUUGAUAUUAGACUGACUUGUUCAUGUUUCUCUGCUAUUUUAAUUAUUAUACAUUUUUUACAAUGUUUAAGUGUAUGUGUUGAUGUUUGUUAGAUUCAGGGGCUAUCAAAGAGUAUUAUAGGAUUCCCUUGUGUUCAGUACUGUCAUAUUUGAUUGUAUUACUGCGCCUCUACACUAGCCCUGGGGCUAUUUUUACUACAGUCCUUAUAUUUUUACAGUUAUUAUGAAAAAAACUGUCAAGUUGUCACUGUUUUGGAAUAUGGAAGUCAUUGUUUGAGAAGGUAGUGAAGUAAGGAGCUAGGAGAAUCCACCUGUUGAAAUGAGAGAGUUGUCGGAGUACAGAGAUAGCUGACUACUUGAUACCUGGUGCAGCAUGUUUUUCCAUGCCCUCAUAGGUUUCAAGAUCAGCAGCUUGCUUAAAGAAGCUGGGAUAAGAGGGUAUAGCUACUAGUGAUUUUGAUUUUGUUGCCAUUCAGAACUGCCACCGUAGGCCACUACAUGACCAAUGCACUUCUCUUUUCUUUCUGUCUAGCUUUCUUAGGCUUUAGUUUAUCACAAGCCUGAAAUGUGUUUGUAUCUUACUGCAAAAGUAAUAAUUUUGCUGCAAAAUAGUUUGCUUCUAUGUACAGUAUGUUUAUCUUGAGUUGGAACUCAUCUUGUUCCCAUGUUAUGCUCAGGCAAGUCUCUCUGGUGCUCUGAGACUAAAGACAUAGUGGUCCAGCUAUCAAUGUGGAGCAGCACAACUGCACCCAGAUGAGACCUGAUCUAUAUAUAGCAUGAUGAAAACUAAAACCAAAGUCUUGAUGAAGUGUUUGAAUGAUGUACAAAAUUCUCCAGGUAAAACAUUACUCUGGACCCAGCAACAACACUAUACCUGUGCUUUU